GCAGAAUCUACGGACAGGUGCGUAUGUCGGUGCGUCAGUGCAACUAUGGACUUAAAACGGUCUGUCCCUAAUUAUCCCGACCUGAUUUAGGUACCCAAACAACACGUGAACAAGUGUAGUAAUCGAAAAAAUUGUUUUUUAGUGAAGUUUCUGUUAUGUGGCAUUCUAAGAGAAUGUUUGAAGUGUGUUAAGGCUUAACUUCCUAUACUUGUGUGGAUUAUAAGUGGAUUUUAUGGAUUAAUCUUUUAAUAUUACCCAACAAAAAGUUCCAGAUUUUUCCAAUGGCGUAUCAUCGAAUAGUAUUUAGUAUAUUAUUAUUUACUAUUGUUUCAAAAUUAGAUGCCAUAGGACUAUGUGAAGUUGAAAAUGGACAAUCCAAUAUUGUUUUAGAUAUAGAGGAAAGUAGGCUGAGUUCAAUUUCACAAGAAACCAAUCCGCCAGAGUUACCGAUAUCGGGAAUACCAAACGUGGAUAUAUUCUUAGAUCUUUCCUUUCCAAAAGGUCCACCUGUUUUUUUUCUUAACGACAAAAAACUUCAACUGCUCUCUCCAUUAGAUAGGGAUGAAAAUAGUAUUUCGCAUAUAGUUUUUCAGUUAAUUUGUACUGUAAAAUCAUCUCAUAAAAAACGGACAAUUCCUGUUAUUGUAAGACUGACAGAUAUAAACGAUAAUGCCCCACAGUUCGUUAAUACGCCAUAUGCAACCAGUAUAUCAGAGUUGACCCCUGUAGGUACAACUAUUUUUCAAAAUAUUCUUGCCAAGGAUAAGGAUUCAGGUGUAAACGGUUUAGUAGAGUAUUCGAUAGUCGAUGGUGUCGAUUUGGAUUUGUACGAUGAAGGCAUAGGCAGAAACCGAGUACACAGCGAGGACGGAUACGGCUACUUCGCCAUCAAUCUGCCCCAUCAGGGUCAGGUUACGGUCAAUAGAACACUAGACUUCGAGAAGACACAAAGAUACUAUGUCACGAUAGUCGCCACGGACCGAUCUCGUGACGAAUCUCAAAGACUUUCAUCAACAACAACAUUGACCGUAAAUAUUAAAGAUGACGACGAUCUUCCACCGUCAUUUAUUUACAAAGGAUGCAUGCUCUUGGAUGGAACAUGCAUUAAUCCUGAAUAUUCCACAUCGGUUUCUAGUGGAAUGCUACAUGGAAUUUUAAAUAUUUUACCUGAAAAAAUUCAAGCAGUUGAUAUGGAUACCAUUAACUCACCUAUUCGGUAUUCCUUUGUUAGUGGAACUCCAGAUUCUUAUAGUCAAUAUUUUCGCAUUGAUCCUGAUACCGGAGCCGUUCAUCAAAUCAAAGCAGUUGAUACUUCAACAACUAAAAUGUUUCACAUUAUCUUAAAGGCACAGGAAGUAUCAGAAGCAAAAAGAUCAACAACGGCUAAAUUGUUAAUUACAGUAAAACCUGUAGAUGCAAAUCCGCCUGAAAUUAAAUUAUCUUUUCCGGAAGGGUAUGUUGAUGAAAAUUCCCCAAUUGGGCAAAAGGUUUUAGAUAAAAAUGGAGAUCCGCUUAUAGUUUCAGUGGUAGAUAAAGAUUUUAGCCCCGAAGAUCCUAAGCCAACAUAUACGUUUGAACUAACUAGUCCCUCUUUCCUAAUUGAUAAAUUUGGUCACCUUAUGGUUAACGAAAACAAUUUGGAUCGUGAUCCACCAAAUCCAGGUAGAUUUAAAUUUCAAAUUGUCGCAAGAGAGAAAAAUGGAGUUGCUGCUAGCGCCCCUAUGUCUGUAACAGUAUUCCUAAAUGAUGUAAACGAUAACGCCCCUAUUUUACCUAUUAUACCACCAGUAUCUGUUCCUGCUGGAGAUUUAAAGCGGAAAGUAGCAAUUAUUAAAGCUACCGAUAAUGAUGAAGCUAAAAACUCGGAAAUAAAAUACUCUAUAUACCAUGUUUCAAAUAAUGGUAAUAAUAAGUUUACUAUUAACCCAACCACAGGGCUUUUAGAAACGGUGGGAAAACUAAAUGCAGGGGACCAGUAUAGUUUAACAGUUCAGGCUACUGAUAAGGGUGAAUUGUAUACCCAGGCUAUCGUUGAGGUUACGAUAAGUCCAGGUCCAAACACUCAAGCUCCAGUUUUUGAGCAAUCCAUUUACGACAUUGAAGUAAGCGAAGGAGCUACCAUAAAUUCUACUAUUGCUACGAUUAUGGCUCUAGACCCAGAAAACGAUCCUGUAUCAUAUUCUAUAGUUUCUGGAAAUGAUUUAAGGCAAUUUGCUAUUGGUACAAAGUCUGGAAUUAUAACUGUUAUUAGAAAACUGGAUAGAGAAGAUUUAACUAAAUAUCAGUUGACCAUCAAAGCAGAAGACACCGGCAAACUAUCGAGUACCGCAACAAUAAACAUAAAAAUAACCGACAUUAACGACAAAAAUCCAGAGUUUGUAGGUGAUCCGUAUGCGUUUAAGGUAAAAGAGGGUCUUAAUAAAACCUCGGUAGGUUUCGUUCAAGCCAAAGAUGCCGAUGAAGGUAUUAAUGCUUUAGUAUCGUAUUUUAUACCAUCUGAUUUGCCAUUUAAUAUUGAUAACGAGACUGGAGAAAUUACCACCAAUAGACCAUUGGAUUAUGAGACUCAAAAGGAAUAUAGCUUUGUAGUCACUGCCAAAGAUGGCGCCUUAGAUCCUAGAAUAGCUACAGCUACAGUUUCCAUUGAAGUAAUUGAUGUAGAAGAUGAAGUUCCUAUUUUUAAGAAGCUAGAGUAUGUUGCAGAAGUUCCAGAAAAUAUGCCCGAUUUUUUUAUAACGAACGUACAAGCAUUUGAUCCUGAUACAAUAAAAAAGAUAACUUAUGUAAUUCAUCAAGGACCUCCGGAUUUAUUCAGAAUUGAUGAAAACACAGGUUCUAUUUUUACCACAAGAGGUUUGGAUUAUGAAAAAGAUAGUCAACAUGUUUUAAUAAUUGGAACAUUGGAAAAUAUGUCAAGCAAAGAGGAUAGUACUACCAAAAUUAUAGUAAAUGUAGAGGAUAGAAAUGAUAUUCCCCCAGUAUUUACUAUUAUACCAUAUCCAAUAACUUUAGAGGACGACGUUGCAAUUGGUAGUACCGUGACAACUUGUGUAGCAACGGAUUCAGAUGGAACAUCCCCGGGAAAUAAAGUGCGUUAUGAAAUAAUUGGAAGAGGCAAAUCCACAAAAUAUUUCCAAAUAGAUCCCGAUACAGGUGUCUUACGAGUUACCAACGAUUUAAAAAAAGAAAUUGAUACAGAAUAUCAGGUUGAUGUGAGAGCUUACGAUUUGGGUGAACCACAAUUAUCUUCAGUUAUCACAAUAGAUAUUUACAUACAACACGUUGCUACUGUUGCCCCUGAAGUUGGUCUUCGAUUUGCAGAUACUUCUUAUAACUUACAAGUACUAGAAAACGCGACUAUCGGUCACAAAAUUAAAACACUAACAAUAGUUAACAGUAGAACACACGGUCUUAACAUACCUUUAAAAUGUCAGGUAAUUUCUGGAAAUAAAGAGGGUAUGUUUUUUAUUAAUGUAACGGAAGACAGAAAUUGUGCAGUAUACUUAAAUGGAUCCUUAGAUUAUGAGGUUAAGGAAAGUUACGAGAUGGAAGUACAAAUAAUGUCCUUACAGGGUUUUAUAAACAAAGAAUUUAGUAUUACACAAAUAUCUAUCAAUGUUAUGGAUAUUAAUGAUAAUAAACCAUACUUUAUAUACCCCAGUAGUACUACGUUUAAAAAAUUUUACGCUGCCAUAACGAACAAUUCUCCAUUGCAAACUACAGUGAUUCAAAUUAAGGCCAACGAUAAAGACAGUGGAAAAUUCGGAAAAAUAAAGUUUUCCCUUCAAGGAAACAACAGUUUAAAAUACUUUGAUAUAGAUGAAUCUUCUGGAAUAAUUCGAACAAAAAAAUCAUUUGCAGAAAUUGAUGAAAAUGAUCUCCCCUUCCAAUUAAAUGUUCAAGCUCGUGAUAACCCCAACGCGUCCAAUGAUUACUUCGAAAUAAAAACUCCAGUAAUAGUGAACUUAAUAUCACCUGAAAAUCGAUUAAUUCUAGUAAUCGGUGAUGCUAAACCCGACGCAGUACAAUCAAAAUUGGAUACUAUUACGCAUGUCAUUGAAGAACAGUCAGGUUUUAUAGCGGGAGUGGAAAAACUAUCGGUAAUGGAGUUUGUUAGUAGUAAUGGGACGUUGGAGAAAGACAGUUCCGCUACUGAUGUGUGGUUCUAUGUGAUCGAUCCCGAGACUGAUGAGAUUUUACCAAGAAACAGCACUUUAGUUAAGAGGUCUAUUUUGGAAAAAUCAGCAAUGGAUAAUAUAACUUUUGAUAUAACCGGACAAAUUAAGAACACAGCUUUAAAUAUACACGAACCCAUAGUAUUACCACGCACAAAAACCGCUUCGAUUGCGGCUUUUAAUGGAGAAGUAUUUCCAUAUGCCCUUAUUAUCAUAGCUUGUAUUAUUUUUGUCUUGGGUAUUGUUGGAAUUAUCUACAUUUGUGUGUCUUGGUCCAAGUAUAAAAAUUUUAAAAAUCAAAUGCAAAGACAAUAUGUAGUACCAGCUAGUCCUGCAAGAUACGACACAGUUUACGUAGAACCCAAUUUAAAAGAGUAUGAGACUCAAGUACUGCAGAUGUGUGUUCCAGUAGAUGAUCACGACGAUUUUAAUGAUCUUCAUUUAGAUUUCAGCAACAAGAACCACGCUUUUAAUUUGGAUAAUGUUAGCUAUAUAAGUAAAGACAAUAACUUAAAAAAAUAUGAUCAAUCAAGUCCUGUUAGUAGUGAAUCAGCCACAACAGCUCGAGCCUCCAGUGUUGGGGAAAAUCGUAAAAAUAAUGAACACUCCCACAGGAGGGAUCAUAUGUAUAACAAUAGAUCUUCAGAUGAAGAUGACCUUAACGCCAGUCCAACGAACGAAAAUGUGAUGUUUAGAGAAAAAAAAGACUAUUCACAUUUAGGAUUCACUUAUGGUGAUCACUCACCAAUUGAAACAACAACAGAAUUGUAGAUGUAAAAACUGUAUA